AUGGACAAGUUCAGGGACAAGUUCAACUCGCUCGAGGAGCACUUUAAAGAAACCCACAUCAAGGAAGAAGCCCAUCACCUCAAGCACAAAGUGGGCAAGUUCUUCAACAUCGUCAAUCCCAAUCACCGCCACGACGAAGCGCACGAGCAGGAAACCGACCGGAAGCGAUCCGCAAUCGCCGAAUCCCACCGAUUCGGCUCUUUCGCACCCAUCCGAGAGAACAAUCGCGUUAAGUGGUAUGUCGAUGCAUUGGACUACCUGUGGGCCGUUUCCAUCGCUCUUGAGAAUGCCAAAGAGGUUAUCUACAUUGAAGAUUGGUGGUUGUCGCCCGAACUGUUCCUCCGGAGACCUCCGUUCUUGACGCAGGAAUGGCGGCUGGAUCAGGUGCUGAAGCGCCGCGCCGAGGCGGGCGUGAAGAUUUACGUGAUUGUGUACAAGGAGGUCAACCAAGCAUUGACUUGCAACUCCGCCCAUACCAAACAUGCGCUGCGCAAUCUCUGCCCGGAAGGAUCGCCGGGUUACGGAAACAUCAAAAUCCUGCGCCACCCGGAUCACAACAUCUUUGAGAACGGAGCUGACAUGACCUUGUACUGGGCCCAUCACGAGAAAUUCAUUGUCAUCGACUAUUCUCUUGCCUUCAUCGGAGGUAUUGACCUCUGUUUCGGUCGAUGGGACGCCCACCAACAUCCUCUGGCCGACGUUCACCCGUCGAACCUCAAAGACGAGAUCUUCCCCGGACAGGAGUUCAACAACAAUCGAAUCAUGGAUUUCCAGAGUGUGGGUGACUGGCAGUCCAACGAAGUCAGCAAAGCGGAGUACGGCCGGAUGCCCUGGCACGACGUUGCCAUGGGUCUGAUGGGUGACUGUGUCUACGAUAUUGCCGAACACUUUGUGCUUCGAUGGAAUUUCAUCAAGCGUGACAAGUACAAGCGAGACGACAGCGUCGACUGGCUUCUGCUUGAGGGCCGCACUGGCGAGGACGAAGACCUUGUUGCCGUUCAGCGUCCGAAGUACCCCUGCGGUGAUUACGUGCAACACCCUUUCCAGCCGCUCAGCUCGAAACCCCUAGGCAACCAGGGCACAGCACGCGCACAGAUCGUCCGCAGCAGCGCAGAUUGGAGCAGCGGAAUCUUGACCGAACACAGUAUCCAGAAUGCGUACAAGGAGGUCAUCAGCAAGGCGGAACACUUUGUCUACAUCGAGAACCAGUUCUUCAUCACGGCAACUGGCGACCAGCAGGCCCCUAUUCUCAACACGAUCGGACGUUCCAUCGUUGAUGCUUGCGUGAGAGCUGGCAAGGCCGGUCGGAAAUUCCGGGUCAUCAUUGUCAUUCCGGCCAUCCCCGGGUUCGCGGGAGAUCUCAGACAGAACGAAGCGACGGGUACUCGAGCCAUCAUGGACUAUCAGUACAAAUCAAUCAACCGAGGGGAGCAUUCUAUCUUCGGCCAGAUUUCCGCUCAGGGAGUUGAUCCCAGAGAACACGUCUUUGUUUUCACCCUGCGUGCUUUUGAUCGUAUCAACAAAACCCCGGCGCUGGAGGAGCUGGAGAACCAGGCCGGCGUGACCUACAACGACAUUCAGCGUGGUAUUGCCGAGUCCAUCAUGAGUGACAGUGUCCACCCCGCCAUUGGCAAAGACGGUGACAAGAACGAAGUGGGCUAUGAUAACGCCGAACAGGAGAAGGAGAAGCAAGAGCGGCUCGCCCGGCUGCGCAAGUAUGAGGAGAAGAGCGAGCGCCAGAAAGAAGGUCACGGUUACAUCAGCAAAGACACCGUCUCGCACACGGUCAUGCUCAACGGAGGCAAGAUGUCCGACGAGCCCUGGGAGGGCGAUGCCGAGGCAGAGAAGGAGAACUUCGUGCAAGAGGAGCUCUAUGUCCACGGCAAAGUCUGCAUUGUCGAUGACCGAAUUGCUAUCUGUGGUAGUGCGAACAUCAAUGAUCGAUCGCAAUUGGGCUACCACGACAGCGAGCUGGCCAUCGUUGUGGAAGAUCAAGACUUCAUUGACAGCACCAUGGAGGGUCGUCCCUACAAGGCUGCCCGCCUGGCUGCGACGCUGCGUCGUCAACUCUGGAGGGAGCACAUGGGCUUGCUUCCCGCACAAAACUACGACGCUUCUCAACAUCCCAAUGCUCAGCCGCCCAACGCCUGCAUGAACCAGAUCUACGAGGGACCCGAGAACGAUUUCGUCGCGGAUCCUCUGAGCGACGAUGUGUGGAAGAUGUGGACGGACCGGGCCACCGUCAACACCGAAAUGUAUCGCAUGCUCUUCCGCGCCGACCCUGACGAUAACAUCAAGACCUUUGAAGAGUACGAUAACUUCCGACCCAAAUCUGGCAAGCAAGGCCACCUCUUCGAUCCCUACCAGCCGGUCAAGGAAGUUCGCGAGAAGUUGGAUAAGAUUAAGGGCCACCUGGUCUGGAUGCCUUUGGAAUUCUUGCGGGAUGCCGAGAUGGCUGAGCCCGGACUGGCUGUAAAUCAAAUCACCGAGAGUAUCUACACCUGA